AUGAGCUUGUCUUCGCGAUCAGUUACCGAAUCAAAGAAUUGUUGUGCCAGUUCUUCCACAAAUACCCUCCAGCCUGUCAAGGAUGAAGAGUAUUUAGUAUUGGGAGAAUCUUCCGAUGGCUUCUUUUAUUAUAAUCGUUCAAAUUCUCCACAACAUAUGGCUCUGCAGGAAUUGUUGAUGAAACAACACGAGCCUCAUGCUAAGUGUUGUCAAUUAACGGCAUCGGGAAUGCAAGCAAUUUCAGCUACUUUACAUGGAAUUAUCAUUUCUAGAAAGAAUGAAAACUUAAACUUGAUCUAUAGUGACGAGUUGUAUUGUGAUUCUCCGAGAUUAUUCCAAUGGAUUGCAAAAAUGUUCAAAAAUGUGACUUUGCAUUCAAUUAAUGUUUUAGAGAAGAAUAAUAUCAUUCAAUUAUUUGAGGGUAAAUUUGCUAAACAAACAAACAUCUUAUUCUUUGAGAGUUGCAGUAAUCCAAAUGGUAACAUUUUUGAUUUUUCAAUCUUGUCCAAGUUAGAGGCAGCUUCAAAGGCUCUCAUCACCAUUGUAGAUAAUACUUGGUUGACUCAUGAGAUAUUUAAUCCAUUCACUGUGAAACAAGUGGACUAUGUAGUGAGUUCUCUCACAAAAUAUUACAGCGCUGGUCAUUGUAUUGGAGGAAUGGUAUUGGCUCGCUCCAAGAAUGCCAUGAAAGGUUGUACCGAAUGGAUGAUUGUGAAUGGUAAUCAUGUGAGUCCAUACCAUUGUGAAUUAGUGAAAGAACAUGCAGAAACGAUUGCACAACGUAUUGCAUGCUCCUCAGUUGUAACAAAACGAGUCAUUAACGAAUUCCUGGUGAAACAUCCCAAGGUUCUUCAAGUGAAUCAUCCAUUGUGUCAGACUCAUCCAUCACAUGCUCUCAUGAAAACCUACUUUAAGCGGUCGAAGGAUAAUUUGGUUCCCAGUGUUUUCACGUUCAAGGUGAAAGGAACUAAAAGCGAUGUGUUGCAAGUAUUGAAAAAAGCAACCAUUCUAGAUCACAAAACAUCAUUUGGAGCUAAAAUGUCACGAACCGAUCCUUGGCCUCAAGAGGAAUCAGGAUUUACAUUUGUCAGGUUAUCCGUUGGAUAUGAAGAUAACUAUGAGAGAAUUGUCAAAGGAUUGGAGGAAAUAUUAAGCCACCUUUAA